UUUUAGUAAAAAAAAAUUUAUAUAAAUACACAGUAUUAAUGUUUAAGCAUCAAGGUACUCAAUGUUUAAAUUCCAUUUUUUAUUUAGCUUUUAUAACGUCUGUAGCUAUUGAAUUAGCUUAUACAGCUCCCCAUGUUGAUUCACCGGUCGUUAGUAUGCUGGAAUACAAUGCCGGUGAAACGGCGGUAUUAAAUUGCGAUAGUAAUGAUGACAAGCAUAUAUUUCGAUUUUGGCAAUUUACGGGUAAUGAUUUAAUCAUUGGACCUGGAAAUGAUUUUGACAAAGACAAAUAUAAAUAUGAUAUACUCACUGGGAAAUUGUAUAUAAAAAAUGUAUCGCCAAAAGAAACAGGACUGUACAAAUGUUACUCGAGGGGCGUAUAUAACAAGGAUUUUUAUAUUAAAAAUGUCGAGUUAGUUGUGGAGAAAGAUUGGAAAGUGGUUAAUGAAGAUAAUACAGACUUAAAUUUAUUAAGAGCGUUAAUGGGUACAACUGUAUUAUUAAUAUUCCUUGGAGCCGGCUAUGUUAUAUUAAGAGUUAGUCGUAGGCGAAUACCUCACAUGUAUUUGGAUACUAAAGGACUUAAAAAAGAUUUACUACUUGCUACAGAAUCAUCAGAUGAGGAAGAUAGUGCCGAAGAAGUAUUUACAUCACCUAGACCAAGCACUUCAAAAGCCAGUAACGAAUAUCAGAAUGUAGUGUUAGAUAAAGCUAAUACAAGUCUAAAUGGACUGAAAGAAUCAUCAGGUAGAAAAAAUACUGAUAUUGAGACUGAUUUUCAAGCUGUAUUUGCUGCCAUAGCACCACAAAAAUAAAUCAAUUUUAUUUA